AGACACGAGAAAUGGAUUUCCCCACAGCGCAAGAUGAAUUUAAAGAUCUCCUCAGUAGAACUGACCCUUUGGUGCUACCAAAAUUUAUAGAAUGGGUUGCAAAUGUAUAUUGCCAAACUCAAGUUGAAAGCAUGGACAGACUGUCAGAAGCCGAUGUUUUUCUCAACAGUAUAUGUGAUGAUUUGCGUGAAGAAGUUCCAUUGAUGGGAUUGGCACCCAAGGAAAACAUUGUUUUUCCUACUGACAAUAAGAGAACGGAGUGCAACCCAGAGACUACAGUUAGUGUGGAUGCCUUUCUGUACACAGAUGAUAUUAUAGACCAGCUGUGUGAGGAAGGAUCUAUGAGCAGAAACUAUUGUAAAAAGUGCUUGUCCCACGACACCGCACCGCUGACCUUUGUCAGCCACUCUAUGUCUAAGACACAGGUCAAGUUUGUGUUCCAGUACGCGUUGCCAGACCUUGCCGAGAAGAUGGUGCUUGAUGUGGGUUCUAGGCUGGGAGCUGUGCUCUAUGGAGCAUAUUAUUUUAGUUCAGCAAAAGUGAUCAAAGGAGUUGAAAUAAAUGAUUAUUUCUGUGAGCUUAGUGGAAAGAUACUUAGUAAAUAUUCACUGACUGACCGAGUUAAGAUAGAGUGUUCUGAUAUUCUUCAACAGUCCCACCUUUUACAACAGGCCGAUGUUGUUGUUCUGAAUAAUGUUUUUGAAUUCUUCACAAGUCCAGACGUGGAAACUAAGUUUUGGCUGUUAUUACGAGAAAAUGUGAGGAAACAGGGUGUGAUUCUUGUUACGGUGCCCAGCCUAGAAGAAUCCUUUGAGAGCCUUAAGGUCAACAUAGAAUUGUCAUCGUGGCUGCGGCCACUACCAUUGGAAAAUAUAGUAAGACGUGCUAAUUUGCAAUUAUUUGGAGCCAAGGACAGUGAGGAGAGCGAUUUAGAGGGAAUUUAUCUGUACACAGUUUUAUAAUAGAGAUGUCAUGCUAGUUGAUGUUCAGUUUCGAUGGCAGA